GGGGGUUCGUCACCGGAGCGUCACGAGUUCAGCUAUGAACAGGGUUGGCUCUCCUCCAAGUAUUAGGCUACGGACGGCGCCGAAAGGCCUCUGGGGGGCAAAAACCUAGUCGUGUUUAUAUAGCUAUCCUUCGGAUGGGAUUAAAUCACUGCCCCCCCUUUCCCUCUUUUUACUCGAGCCCGCUACCCUACGAUAUAGGUACCUACAUAUAUACCUACCUGCUCGUAUACCUACUUUUUUUUUGUCACGUAGAGCGCCACCUAUACAUGGCUCCCUACUCCUUCUCUGGUUGCUCGCUGACCUAACCUAGCUCCCAGCUCGCUUAUAUAACAUAGCUCGCAGCUCCCUAUCGUCUAUAUAUAGGCAGCUCGCAUCUCCUUUGUUCAUUUCCUUUCUUCUUAGAUAGUCAAUUCACCUUCUUCUUCCCACAUUCCGUUGUUCCCAAGAAGCAACUUCAGUGCCCACGUAGGUCUCCCGAUCUACGUAACAUUUUUUUUUAAAUUCUCCUCGUAUAAGCUCCUGUCCCGACCUCAGACACGCCAAUGGCGAGCGCGAAGGCCUUCGUAGGCAAGGUGAUCCUGGUGACGGGGGCGGCGCAGGGGAUCGGCGAGGCGGUGGUGCGGUACACGGCGGCGCGCGGGGCGGCGGUGUCGUUCUCGGACGUGGCGGCCGACACGCUCGAGGCGACGCGGCAGAGCGUCGCGGCCGCCUUCCCCGCGGCCCGGCUGCUCGCCCGCGUCGUCGACACGCGCAGCUCCGAGAGCGUCGAGCGGUGGGUCGCCGAGUCGAAGCAGACCUUCGGCCGCAUCGACGGCUGCGUCAACAGCGCCGGCAUCCUCGGCCCCCAGGGCACCGUCGACGGCGAGCUCACCGAGGAGGCGUGGGGCCGCGUCAUCGGUGUCAACCUGACCGGCGCUUUCCUCUGCCUCAAGCACGAGGUCCGCGCCAUCGAGGACGGCGGCAGCAUCGUCAACCUCUCCAGCGGCGCCGGCCUGCGCGGCAUCCCCGGCCUCGCCGCCUACUCCGCCUCCAAGCACGGCCUCAUCGGCCUCACCAAGUCCGUCGCCAGCGAGGUCGCCCCCCGCCGCAUCCGCGUCAAUGCCGUCUGCCCGUCCCUCGUGGAGACGCCCAUGGGGGCGCAGGUCACCGCGCAGUCCGGCGGCACUCUGACGCCCGAGAAUCUGCCGCAGCUGUUCCGCUGGGCCGUGAGCGCGACCGAGGUGGCCGCCCUCGUCGCCUACCUCCUCGCCGACGAGAGCAAGUUCCUGACCAGCACCUCGUACCCGAUCGACGGCGGCUUCGCGGCGUAGCCCGCCCGCGGACUAAGAGUGAGGGAGGUGGAGGGAGAGAUUCCGGGAUAGACUGUGUGGCGUGGUGUUUGGAUAGGUCUGGUCGGUUCGUUAUGCCGGUGGUGGUGUGAGAGCAGAGAGCCGACUCAGGAGAGGGAGAAUGACACAGCAGCGCUGGGGCGAGCUCUCUGGUAUUAACUGUUUGUCGCGUUCUAUUAGGGAUAUCGGGAACCAUUAAAUGUGCCAAUGUCUAUCAUCUCAUCGAGGAACAGUCUCCCGUAAGCAUUUAAAGCAGCAUAUGCGUCGUGUUGUUGUAACACACUGUGGUAUGGCGGGUUUUACCGGUCUGGAAUUAUACGCCGUAAGCUAGGGCACCCCUUCACGAGCCCCUUCAC